AUGGCCACCAAGGCAGCAUUUAAAAGAUUAAGCAAAGAAUACAAUAACCUCCAGAGAAACCCACCACCAUAUUUGAUGGCAAAGCCUCUCGAAAGUAAUAUUUUGGAAUGGCAUUAUGUUAUUCGUGGACCUCCGGAUACACCAUAUCAUAACGGAGAGUAUCAUGGUGUCUUAUUAUUUCCUGCUGAAUAUCCCUUUAAACCUCCCUCAAUUCGUAUGACAACACCUUCUGGACGGUUCCAGCCUGACACUAGAUUAUGUUUAUCUAUGUCAGAUUUUCAUCCAAGUACUUGGAACCCUGCCUGGAGUGUUCCUACUAUAUUGACUGGAUUAUUGAGUUUCAUGGUGUUUAAUGAAGCUACUACAGGGAGUAUCAAGACAACAGAUGCCGAUAAAAGAAUAUAUGCUGCACGAUCACAUCAAUUCAAUCUGAAUAAUCCAAAGUUCAAAGAGAUUUUUCCUGAACUCUGUGUCCCAGAAUGUGUACCUGUUGAAGUUCUUUAUCCAAUUCAUAAUUCAUCAUCAAAUAACAUUGCAACAAACGGAAAUGAAAUUUCACAAAAUGAUAAGCAAUUUCCUCAGGUAGCAAGACGAAAUGAGACAAAUCAACAAGUUCCUUUAGUGGACGGUAGAAAUCAAAUUCAGCAACGUAGGCUCAAUAAUCGUAACGAAAAUCCUUUGCGAGGUAUUGUUGCAGGUGGAACUCUCGCGGCUCAUACCGAGAAUGCUAAUAACAUUAGGGCCAAUGGUAGUAAUAAUCCGCAAGGUAACACAAAUAAUAAUGUUGCGGGUCAACGAGGAAUUUUCGAUCAAUGGCGUAAAUGGAUAAUAGUAUCUUUAGUAUGCCUUUAUCUUGUUAUAACAAAAUUGCUAGCUCGAAGUAGUGGAGGAGAACCUAGUAUGUGA